AUGGAACAACAACGCGAAGAAUACCCGCCGCGCGUAUCCGUCGACACCCUCUCCGACUGGCGCCAGAUCAAGACGAACGUCUCUGAGUUCGCUAUGUCCAUCCUGGAGUCAAGGCUGGGUGACGACGCGGAUGAGAAGACGGUGAGGGAGAUGAGGGCUGCGAUACAGGAUUUUCUGGAUGGUAGCUACUCGCUCGCUGAGAAGAAUAUCCGUGCGAACGGGCAUAAUCUCGACGAGCUGGACCCUUCCAAAGAAGACGACGAGCCUUUUGACGAAGCGCUCGACAAGAAGAUCUGGGCUCUGCACACAGAGCGUAUCACCCGCGACCUCGACCUCGCGAAGAAGCGGCGCGCACGGCCGCGUGAGAUUGAAGGGAUGGUUUCUGACAUGUUGAGGCAGCGGAGGGUGGCCGCUGAGAAGGACCAUGAUCUUGACGAGGAAGAUGAUUGGGUCCCCGAGGACAACGCACUCGACGAACGCUCGCUCAAAGAAGCCGCAAAAUCCAUCUCCAAAUCCUCCGCCCUAGCCGAAGAGCUCCAAACCUCCGUUGCCAAAGAGCGCGAACGAAUGGAGCGCGCGCUCUCGGUCGAGAAAGACCUAAAAUCGCGCAAGAAAUGA